AGAGGCAAAAUUCUUCCCGGUCACCAAGUUUAUCUUCACAAAGUUUGUGUGUUUUGACAACAGGCCUGGUGGCUGCCAGUGGGUUGGGAUGGAGAGCCAAGGAGUGGAAUCCAAACACCUGUAAACAGAGGGCCAUGCGUGUUGCACUACGGCCACGCAGUGGUUGCCUGGUGCUCUGUCUGUGCCUGUCAGCUCUCACACUGCUGCUGCAGAGCCUCUGGGUGCCACAUGAGAUGACCAAGGAUGAACCUGCUGGGAGGUCACCAGAGGACCAAGGUCAGCGCGGUCUCGGCGUUCGCAGACUGGCUCUGCGUUUGGAGGCUCUGAGCACUCAGGUGCAGAGGCUGAGCAGAGAGAGAGAUGUGACCCAGCUGAGCAGAGAGGACCUCAGUGUGAUACUGCAGAGCUUCAGACAGGACCAGCAAGGCCUGGCCCGCUUGGUGGAGAAGGAGCUCAUGCGGGUGGCCCAGAAGCUGGAUCAGCUCGGCCGGAGUCCCCUGCAUCACCAUCGCUCGAACACUCCAGCGCCGCAUGAUGACCUCAGAGCACAGAGAGGGCCCAGUGAGUGUGAGGUGCCAAUGGAUGCUGCAUACCCGCUCUGCGCCGAAAAAGUGGAGUUCCUGCAGGUACGCUGGCAGUCAGACCCCUGCUAUGCUUUUUAUGGGGUGGAUGGCACAACCUGCUCCAUCUUGACUUACCUCAGCCAAAUAGAAGAUUUUUGUCCUCCGCGCUUUGAAAGGAACCACUCGGGGCUGCCAUGGCACAGGAAACCUCCCUCCAAUCCAGAGAAGGCUGCGAUACGUACCUCUCUGAGCCAACUGUACGAGGUCAUUGGCAACAGCAGCAGUGGACCUGCAUUAAACUUCAUCAGGUCCAGAGUGGAGAGGAUGUCUGAGCGCUGGACACAGGCUGGUGUAAGGAUGAGGCAGAGCAGCAACAGGACGGUUGCAAGUCGGGUGCUGCUGUAUCCUGGUGCCCUGGCUGGGAGUGCUGGUCAGCGUUUUGAAGCCAUGGUGGAGAGAGGGGGUCCUUUGGGCGAGCUGGUCCAAUGGGCGGACCUCAGCGCUUGUCUGACAAUCCUGGGCCACAACGUCACCCUCAGCACAUCACAGCGCCAGCUCCACAGCCUGAUAGGUGCUGCUCCAGGCCGAGGCAGUUGUCCAAUCCAGAGGCCGCUACCCUUUGACCUCGUCUACACCGACUACCACGGUCUGGCUCACCUUCAGGGAGCCAUGGGACUCGCUUUCCAGCAUUACCAGUGCAGCUUCAGAAUCCUGGACUCUUUUGGCACCGAACCGGCCUUCAACCUGGAGAGUUACGCAAAUAGCCACGGAUACAAAACAUUAUGGGGCAGAUGGGGUCUGCGGCCUCUGCAGUUCAUGACCAUGUUCCCUCACACUCCUGAUAACUCCUUCCUGGGUUUUGUGAGCGAGGAGGCAGUGAGGGCGGACAUCAGAGAGGAGGAGCUAGAGCCUGAGACCGACAGGAAAGACAGGAUAGCAGUCGUCUAUGGAAAACAGGACUACAUGUGGCAGGGUAAAUCGGAGUAUGUGGAGGUUAUAAACGAGGAGCUUGAGACCCACGCCACGGUCUACCAGCCUCCAGGACACUCAUCUAAUCUGCCCGGCUUCAUCACCAACCACGGCCUGCUGAGUCAGGAACACUUCCUACAGCUUCUCCGCAGAGCCAAGGUGUUUGUAGGUCUUGGUUUCCCUUAUGAGGGUCCCGCCCCUAUUGAGGCGAUAGCUCUGGGCUGCGUCUUCCUUCAGCCAAAAUUUGACCCUCCACACUCAUCAGACAACAAUGACUUCUACAAGGGCAAACCCACUUCAAGACAGAUCUCCUCCCAGCACCCUUAUGCCGAGGAGUUCAUUGGUCGACCUCAUGUGUGGACCGUGGACAUGGCCAACAGGACCGAUGUACGGGAGGCACUCAAAGCUAUUUUAAGCACCGAGGUGAAGCCUUUCACCCCCCGAGAGUUCACCUGUGAGGGGAUGCUGGAGCGGGUUCGUGGUUACAUCACCCAUCAGGACUUCUGCAGUAAAUCUGUCCCUACGUGGCCCCCGGAGAGCGCUCUGAGGAUGCACCUGGGUCCCCUCGGCCAAUCGUGCGUUAGCGUGUGUCGACGCUCCUCCCUGGUGUGCGAGCCUGCUCUGUUUCACCACCUCAACAGUCCCUCUGCGUUUACCAGGCUUGGACUAGGCUGCGCCAGCAUGGGGCAGGAAGUCAACCAUCUUUUUCCCGCCUACAACCCUUGGGGCCGACACUGUGGUCUCCAGCAGGAGCCUCUACUGUUCAGUUGUGCCGGCGCCGACCCUUCGCACCGCAGACUGUGUCCCUGCAGAGCUCACCUGCCUGGACAGGUGGCGCUGUGCCCUGACUGCAUCUAAACACUGUGAAAGUAGCUGGAAGAGAAGAGGAGAGGAUUAUUUGACAUGAGACAGACACCAAAGAGCCACCUGGAGUAUAUGUUGUAUAGUUAAAGAUUUAACCUCAACUAUAGACUGUAUGGUGGCUGGCUGCACUAUAGGUCAUAAACCCCACUUUCUCAAUGUUAGUGGAUGGAGCAUUGAUCAAACCAAAUCGUCAAAUUCAUGUAUAAUACAUUUUUGUCUCAAGGAUGUCUUUUGCCAUUUUAGGUAGAGGAUAUGUUCAAGUGUUCAUGUGACGGCCAGCAACCAUGAGACAUGAUUGACAGUUGAGACUGACCUGCCAUUGGUCGAGCACAUGCAACGAUGGAGGAUCCAUCCUCCCAUCGCUACUGUGCAAACUCUGGCUACAAAUGAUCAUACUGGUCUACAUUUCUGGAUAGUGGGAGGAAGUGGAGACGGGUUGUAAAUCUUAAUAUACAGUCUAUGAUCUCAACCAAAGGAAAAACAAACUGUCCUGCCAAUGCUAAGUUGUGUGGUCUUGUUGACCUACAUAGGCUGAAGAUGAAGUAUUAUCUCAGAGUAUUUAUAUCAAUAUGCACAUGAGUCGAAACUCACAAUUUUUCAGGGCCCCACAGAAUCAUCUCAGUCAGCAUCACUGACAUUAAGUCUUUUAUAGCAGAACCCAUCACAAACAAAUUAAUCAGUUGCUGAUAUUAGCGAUUAUCAAUUUUUAUAAUGACAUCAGAGAGGUUGUGCCAAGUUAUGAAUGUCGCCGAAUUUGUCCGGUUCAAUUUGUUUUGUUUUUUGUAACGACCGUCAUUACUCAGGAACCAUAAAAUGAAAGACUGUCAUUAGUUGAAAUGUCAAGGGACCAGGAUUCAAGGCCUGGUGUUUCACUGUGUCGAAAACCCCCGAAAUGCCUCUUGUGGUUGCUGUAGCUUUUCCUCGAUCCCUUGAGCAACUGAACUGAUGGCAACAUGCUCUCGAGGGAAAUAUUGUUAAGGUGUGUUGAAACGGAGGGAAGCGGUACCAAAGACCUAGAAAAGCUGCUCAGCUCUCAGAGUUUAACUUCUCGUCUCCUGCUCCACAUCACACAACAGUGCGGUGCAAUUCAAUGUUAUGCUGAAUAAGUAUCCAAUCAGUCAUGCGUUUACAGUAAGUGGUCAGUGUUGCAUGGGAUUAAAGCUCCUCAGUGUAUCGUCGGUUGCUGAUAUUAGCCUGGCCCUCGGAGGAGCGAGGGUGACAGCCUAAGUGAUGAGGCUCAUUAUCUGAGUGAAUCAUGGAUAACCUUUGGAGGCCUCCGGGAGGUCACAGCCAUAAGACGAUGAUUAUACUGUCAUAUACACCAAUGGUUCCCAACCGUCUUUGACUUAGGAAAACCCCUCAGCUCUGUUUAAAUCCGCCAGUAAAGGCAGACCUCAUUGUUUGUCUUUCAAACACAUAUUUUGCAUCAUUUAAACUUGGGGGAAAAAAAGUCAUAGAGGGCAGGAUUAAUUAUGUUUUCACAACUUGUUUUUUUUUUUACCUGAAAUUACAUUUAAAAAAGAUUUUGAUCAUUAACGAUGACUCAUUUUUGCCCAAGCAUUUGCUCCAAAAUGAUUCCCUCACUGCUUCUUGACUUUGAGAUUUGUCGAGCCCCCCCCUGAGAUGUGCACUCCCGGUUGAUAUGAUGGAAACUUUACGGUGAUUUGGGAGGUUGUACACUUUUUCUUGUCAGAAGCCUAAAAAGGUUACGCAGACUUUCCCCAUCAUCUAUCCCGGCAAACAGCUUGUGAAAUGAUAACAAGCAAAAGCCAAACCACAUCCCACAAUCAGCGGUGUAAGUGCUACACGUAUACGACACAGCUGUUAGCAAAGAUGGCUCCAACAAAAAGGCAAUGAGCUGCUUUGAAAAAAAAAAAACUGGAUCGAUGUGAGGUUUUUCUUGGAAUCGACACACUCAUGAAUGUUAAUUGGCAAAAAAAUGUAUUUUCUGCACCGAUACGCUCCAUGUGACCAACAUGUUAUUGUCACUCAGGGAUCAGACUGCUCACGGCUGCGACAACAGAACCGCUCGACAAACUGAUUGACGACUAAAUGGUCCACGAAAAAACAACUUUGAAUUUUGAUCCAGAAAUUUGUUUGGCCCCGUCAUUUGUGACUUUGGCCUCAUUAGGUGAACAGGCCAAAGAUGAUGUAAAAUUAACUCGUGUUUGAAAUAAAGGAAAAAUAAAAGUUGUUUUUGACUCGAUGGGAAGUCCCUGAAAGCGUGUUUUUGGAAAGUGAUGAGUCAUGUUAAUUAAUAUCAGUUACAUGUGCGGUGGCAUAUAAAAGCUGUCAAUCACUUCCCAGGGGGCUGAUAGCAGAGGGUCAAACUAAGGGUUGAAAAACAGCACCGGGUGUGUACGGAGCAAAUGUGCAAAUGUGGACAGACAAAGAUUUGAGUGUUCCACAUGACUGCCUACUGACCUCAUGCUUGAUGGGGCUGUCUUACAGAGUCCAUAUGACGGUCAUGAGAUGGUGUUUUGCUUUGAGACAUCAUUGAUGUGGAUCAUAUCUGUGUAGAACAUAGAUCUGAAUUGUGUGGUUAUUAAUGCUAAUUGUCCAACUAAGGCUAAAGGUACUGUAAAUAGAUUAACCAUUUUGUUUGUAAAUUCACAUAACCAUAAAGGUUAAGCUAGGGCAUAGGCCAUGCAAGUGUAGGUUGGCCAGGCUAGGCAAUGUUAGGGUAGGCUAGGCAGGGUUAGGUUAGGCUAGUGAAGAUUAGGCAAAGUUAGGGUAUGUUAGGCUAGAUUAAGCCAGGCAAGAUUAAUGUAGUCUAGACUAGGCAAGGUUUUGAUAGGCAAGGUUAGUGAAGGCUAGUUCAGGUUAAGCUAGAUCAAGUCACAACAUAAUGCACUCACUUGUGAAAACUCGUUAAUUCAAGAGUAGACACCAACUGGUGCGAGGAUAUUCUGGGUACUAUAAAAUAAGUUGGACGCCCAAACUUUUGCACAACAAAACUGUGAAUUUAUGAACAGGCUUGUUUUUAAAUGUCUCUUUGCUGCAGAUAAUGCAUUUACUUAUUUCCAAUUCGAAAAUCAACUAACUAUUUUAUUCAGUCACGGGUGUAUGGCAGCACAAUAUGCUGAUAUUAAUUAAGCAUCUAUGUUUAUCGUAUUCCCAUGUGGAACCAAGGAGGGGAUUAGGGGUUCUGUAGCUACCCUUGGAUAUUAAUACUCUUAAGCUCUUAAAACAAAUUACAUGAUGUUGAGUAUGAGCGGAUGAUAUGAGAGAUAUACAAGUCUGUUGUUUAUAACAUCUUAAUCCAUUGAUAUUUGCUGAGGUAUUUUAUUCUGGACCAACAGGUCACUGUCUUCCA